AUGGCUCCGGCAGCCGAUUGUCAGUGUUCUACUGCACUUCUACUUCAGACACCGCAACGCCUCACGAGGGUUCCUAGUAGUGAUACACCAUACACCUUCUCUUCUGCAUCACAACAAGGAGCCGAGCAGACUCGGAGGCUUAUCGACCAUAGAGUCUGGGAGGAGAUCCGAGCCUACUGGUUAUUCUCACUGCAAGAUGAUCUUCUCUCUGAAGAGCAACGUUACUACUGUGCAACAAAGUCCACAAAAGAACUUACUGGCGGCGAGGCAUGUCGGCAGAUUGACUUAGUUGUCAGAAGAAAGAACAGGAAGCCAUCAGAAGCAGAAGAUAUCCGGAAAGACAUUGCAGUCAUUGGUGAGCUCAAGGCAUCUAAUCACGAUGGUGUCAAAAAGCCGCUAAUACAGCUCGCGGUAUAUGCCCGAGAUGUAUUUGCCAAUCAACCAACGCGCCGCUAUCUUCAUGCAUUUACUAUCUGCGGGAGUAAGAUGGAGCCAUGGGUGUUUGAUCGUUCAGGAUGCUAUAGCCCUGGCCCGUUCGACAUCCACGAGCAUCCAGAACGAUUCAUUCGGGUGCUCUCAGGCUAUAUCAUGAUGAAUGAAGACGAGCUUGGCUUUGAUACGUUUAUGCAGCGAGAGGGCGACUCUAACUUUAUAAAAAUUGAAGGGGAUGGAUGUCAGCCACAGAAGCUACAACUGCACUCAGUACCUCUCGCCCACCGGCGAGCAAUUGUCUCUCGCGCAACAUCUUGCUUUCUCGCAAAGCAUCUGGACUCUCGGGACUAUGAUCAUGUUGCCAAGUUUUCUUGGUCUUCUAGUGAGCGGAAGCCCGAGACAGAUUUCCUCAAGUUAGCCAACGAGAGAGGAGUUCAAGGCAUUGCUAGGCUGAUUGGCCAUUACGAUAUUACCAACAUCAAGGACAUACGCUCAGGAAUAACGUUCAUGAAACGUUAUUCCUUCAGAGGUACUGCCAGCAUCGUGUCUCCUUUCUCACGAGUACUUUUUCCGCCUCAAAAUCCGGUUAAUAAGCACCAUAAUAGCAAAGAUAAUUCUACGAAGCGUCCGAUGAAGCGUAAACUGGUCGAUAGGGACCCGAAACCCAAACGACCCAAGUUCCAUCAACGAUCGUGCCUGCAAAAUGAGUUGACACAUCCGACUAUGGAGAGCGAUGGAUAUCCUCCAGCUGUUUCCGGAGAUGGUUUAUAUGAUAACCGCACUCUUCGCUGUCUCGUCAUCUCUCCCGCAGGCCGGCCAAUCUACAAAUACCAAUCCCCUCUGGAGUUGCUAGAAGCGCUUCGCGAUGCUAUCAAGGCUCAUCAGUCUCUAUAUUCCAAGGGGAAUAUCCUUCACCGAGACAUUUCUGAGAACAACAUCAUUAUGACGGAUCCGGAAAAGGACGGUUUCUCAGGCAUGUUGAUCGACUUGGAUCUUGCCAAGGAACUUGGUAGCGGACGGAGCGGCGCACGUUGCCGCACAGGUGCCAUGGAAUUUAUGGCUAUCGAAGUGUUACGAGAUACCGAUCACACUUAUCGGCAUGAUCUUGAGUCUUUUCUUUACGUUUUGCUUUGGCAGUGUAUUCGUCGCGGCUGGGAGUUUGUGGGGCGUACUCUUUCGAAACCAAGUCAGCUCAGAGGUUGGUAUACCGGCACGUUUGAAGAUAUAGCAAGAAACAAGCAUGGCAACAUGGAUGGAAUUGCAUUUGAGUACAUCUUGAAUGAGUUUCCAGAUGAAUUCAGUUGUAUCAAACCUCUUUGCAGAGAGUUGCGAUCAAUCUUGUUCCCUAUCAAGGACAAUGCGUUAUUUACCGGGACACCGUCGCAGCCAAGAAAUUUGUACGGACCAAUGGUUAACGCAUUUGACAAAGCCAUUGGUGAUAUGAUGAUAAAAGUUUUUGUGAAGUGCAACACUUGA